AUGACCGAGCUGCUCAUUCCGCUCGUCAACAAGCUGCAAAAGGUGACCGCUACCCUCGAGCAGGAGCUCGAUCUGCCACAGCUGGUGGUUAUCGGUGGCCAGUCGUCGGGCAAGAGCUCUGUGCUGGAGGCCUUGGUGGGCCGGAACUUUCUUCCGCGCGGAACAGGCAUCGUUACCCGCCGUCCGCUUGUUCUGCAGCUGAACAAGGCGCCCGAGGGCGAGAACGCCGAGUACGGCGAGUUUGCCCAUCAGCCCGGCAAGGUCUAUGCCGACUUUGACGCCAUUCGCAACGAGAUCGAGGCCGAGACCGACCGGGUGACCGGCCGCAACAAGGGCAUCUCGGCCAAGCCCAUCAUUCUGCAGAUCACCUCGCCGCAUGUUCUCCCGCUGACCCUUGUCGACACGCCAGGCAUUGCCCGGGUACCUGUCGGCGACCAGCCUCGCGACAUCGAGGCUCAGAUUCGCAACCUUGUUCUCGAGUACAUCACCAAGCCCGGGGCUAUCAUUCUCGCCGUCCAGCCAGCAAACCAAGACCUGGCGACGUCGGACGCGCUCAAGCUCGCCGCCGACGUCGACCCGGCCGGCCACCGGACCAUCGGUGUCCUCACCAAGCUCGACUUGAUGGACGCCGGAACCGACGCGCUCGACAUCAUGCUCGGCAAGGUUGUUCCGCUCAAGCUCGGCAUUGUCGGCGUCGUCAACCGCUCGCAGGCCGACGUGGUGGCGUCCAAGUCGGUGGCCGCUGGCCUCUCGGCCGAGGCCGCGUUCUUUGCCAACCACCCCAAGUACGGCCCUAUUGCCGAGUCGUGCGGGACGGCAUACCUCGCCGCCAAGUGCUCGACCCUGCUGGGCAAGCACAUCCGCCGGACCAUUCCCAAACUCAAGUCGCAAAUCACGGGCCUCCACGCUGAGACCCUCGCCGAGCUCGAGUCGUUUGGCACCGAGCCGUACUCGGGCCGCGAGGGCAAGCGCGUCUUUGUCCUUCAGAUCCUCAACAAGAUCUCCAAGACCUUUGCCGACCAGGUCGAUGGCCACACUCACUCUGCGACGCGCGAAAAUACGCUCACCACCGACGAGCUCAACUCGGGCGCUCGCAUUCGCUACGUCUUCCAGAACGUCCUUGCUGAUGCGCUCGACGACAUCCAGGUCGAGCUCUCCACGGCUGACAUCCGAACCGCCAUCAAGAACGCCGCCGGCACCGCGCCGGCCCUCUUUGUUCCCGAGGCCGCCUUUGAGCUGCUCAUCCGCACCCAGAUCGCGCGCCUCGGCGAGCCGCUCCUUCACGCCGCUGACCUCGUCCACAACGAGCUCCUCCGCGCCCUCUCCUCGCUCGACCUCCCGGAGCUCGAGCGGUUCUCGCACCUCAAGGACUCGUCGUCUGAGGUUGCCGCGGACCUACUGCGCUCGUGCAUGCGUCCGACCCGCAAGAUGCUCUCCAACCUCGUCGACUGUGAGCUCUCGUACAUCAACACCAACCAUCCCGACUUUACCCGCGGGCCCGAGCUCCUGGCCAACUCGGACUCAACCGUCGACGACUACGAGCCUGCGCCGCGCGCCGCGCCGUCGCGCCCAGUGCACUCGAGCUCGUCAGAGUCGAGCGGCCCAGCCUCGUUCCUCUGGUCGCUCUUCUCUUCGGGCUCGGACGAGAGCUCGCGCGCCACUGACGCGCGUGGCACCGCCUCGCGCUCGCCGCCCGAGGUUCUCCGCGUCGACGGCAAGCUCUCGCGGAUGGAGACCGUCCAGGUCAACCUCAUUCUUCGGCUGCUCGACUCGUACCUUGGCAUUGUCAAGAAGAACCUCCACGACAUGGGCUCCAAGGCCAUCAUGCACUUUCUCGUUCAGAAUGCCAAGGACAACAUGCAGCGCGCCCUUGUCUCCAACCUCUACAAGGACGAGCUGACCGAGCGUCUUCUCCGCGAGGACCAGCGCGUGGUCAAGCACCGUGCUGCACUCGAGCACAAGCUCGAAGUCCUCGAGGACGCCAACGACCUGCUGCAAAUGGCCGAAAUCCACCACCUUGACCUUGACGACGAGUGGGACCCGCUCACCGAUGCUGGCUCCCACCACACCUCUGGCUCCCACCGCUCCCGCCGCCGCAGCCUCGGCAGCUCGGCCAUGGGCGCCCGCGGCCGCCGCGAUGACGACGACGAGUACCGGCCGCGGUCCCGUUGGUAG